AUGGACGAAACGAUUGCCUACGACCCCAAUGCCUACGACCCCAAUGUUGUUGCCUAUAUCUUAGCCGCUCCAGGCGCAGCAUACGGGGACUCGAAGAGGGCAGUCGAAGAAAACAGAACAUUUGCCACCUCGAAACUUCUUGGCAACCAUAUUAUCCCCCCUCACAUAGAAUCUGCGAGCGGCCCGGUUGGAGCGAACAACAAGACCAGCGACACUGAGGACGUUGGAUACACAACAAGCGACCCCGAUGACGACAGCCAGCAUAACCAUGGAAAGCCAUGGGAGACUGGAUACACAAUACGCUUUGACGAACCUACCAAGACGAAUGAGGGCUUUGUUUUCGGCACUGACUAUAAGAAUGUAGACUUUGCUUUGCCCUGGCGCAGCCUUGCGUCACGUAAACACUUUGCACUCACUUUCGAUGCCGAAAACCAUCUCAUUGUACGGGAUUUGGAAUCAACGAACGGCACAAGGCUCAUUUAUGGCGACCCUAAUGCAACGGACGCUAAGGACGUUGAUGAGGUCAAAGCUAAACAAAUGGAAUGGAGUGCCCGUGGCCCAAGUAUGACAAACGGUUUCCAUCCAAUCAUUGACAUCAGAGAAAAGCUUCGUUUCCAGAUCGUUGUACCAAACCAUAUUCGGGACGCUGAAUACUUUCGAAAAGUGGCCGAGUACUGUCAGGGUGCACACUGCGAAGACAUUGGAGGCCGUCGGAGUUGUCCAAGUCUGAAGAACGACCUUUCUGGCGAAAAAAAAAUUGGUGAGGGAUCUUUUGGCGUCGUAUACUAUGCGUGGGAUGUCAAGACCAGAGACGUCGUCGCCAUCAAACAGCCCCGCCAGGGCAAAGUGGUCGACUUGAAGGCCUGGGACAGGGAAGCAAGCGUGAUGAGUGGGCUGAAGCAUCCGAAUAUUGUUGAACUACUGCAAUACAUACCAAGGCCUCCGCAGCUGCUCUUUGAGUAUGCACCAGGGCAAUCGCUGUCUACAUAUAUCACCCAAAGUACCAGCCUCCACAACAAACAAAUUGCGGUGCAACUUAUGGAUGGCCUUAGGUUCCUACAUAACCGGGACGAUCCCAUUGUGCAUCGGGAUAUCAAACCUGGGAAUGUGCUUGUUCAGGAGUGGAACGAGACUAAGGUACAUGUCAAGCUUGGAGAUUUUGGCUUUGCAAAGGAAGAAGACCAGAUGGCGAACUCACGGGUGGGUACGCCAGCAUACUGGGCGCCUGAAGUGACGGGUGAAAAAAAAGGUCCCAAAUAUGACUGUCAAGUUGAUAUUUGGUCCCUUGGAGCCUUGCUACUGACCAUGGAAUGCAAAGGUCUACCUUCCAAGAAAGUAAGGGAGUUUGCUAAAAUCGAGUCGACGGCUAUGCCUCAAUGGGCCUAUCUUUUGAUAUGUUUUGGGAAAUACUAUGGGCAGUCUGUGGAUAACAAUACCCCCGUACUAGACUUUGCACUCAGGUACAUGCUGAAACUGGACCCGGAGGACAGGUUGCGAGCUGAAGACUGUUUCAGGGCUGUCAAAGAGUUACUUGGCCAAAGUACGGACUCGGGAACGGUACCAAGCCCUGGGCAACGCGCCAGCUCUGAUGGUGGCACUUUGAGAGAAGCGUCCGUACACGGUGACGGAGAGGCGUUCUCACGAGAUCCUGGACACAAAUCUCGCGCAUCGGGCAAAGUUGUAACGCCGACUCCGGAUCCAUCGCCCGGAAAUGAUUGUUGCAGGGCAGCUGCUGGGGCUUUCCCAGUCCAAAAUAUGUCAACAAAGUCCAAGGACGAUGCCGGCGCCAUUGCAUCGCCACCGAGACGCCACGUCAGCUUGGCAGGCGAGAUCGAAAAUAUACCGGACUCACUUGGCGCAACUCUUAGAAUGGCGAUGCUGAAUGACCUUGCUAAAGCGAACGCCGAUGUCUGUAAUGGACGUGUUGAAAGACUACGCGAGGUUACAGGGUCCAAACGAGAACGCCCAAAGAACAAGACAACGGCGAGCGAUGAAUGCCAGCAACGGGGUCAGAACGAGGUCGUCCACUCUACAACAAAGCGCAACCGGUUGAAGUGA